AUGAGAAAAAACGAGCCGCAGCGAGGUCUCUGGGGGUUGGUCGAGGGCUUGUCAGCGCUGUCACGAAAUCGGUUGGACCUUCCCACGCAGCGCAUGAUCGUCCUGCUUGCGGUAUUGGCCGCCAAGGGCGGUCCUUAUCCGAGGAUCGACGACAACCGCAGCUGCCCCGGCGGGCCGCACAAGACCCGCUCCGCCCUUUCCGGCUGCCGCGGCGGCGGCGGCUGCGCGGACACCUGCGAGGACAACCAGUGGAGCGAGUCAUCGCUCGAGGGUGGCUCCGUGUGUGCGUGGGACGAGGGCGUCGUCCUCUACGCCGGCUUGGAAGGCCCACACGGUUACGACCGCAAGCUCCUCUGCCCGCUGUGCGCCCGCUCUGGCACCUGCGCCAUCGUCCUUACGGCGGCCGCGUCUACCAGCGCCCCCAUCGCAAUGGAGGCGUCUAUUUGGUCCCAUGCCGCUGCUGGGCAUGUUUGGAAGCUGAUCGAGAUGGGUGUCGGCGCCGGUGCCACCGUGUUGCUCGGGACAUUCGCCUCGCUGAACCCAACCGCCGCUCUCGCCCGAGUGGCCUUCGCCCAGCUCGUCGGCAAAGCGGCCGCGUCUCCCACGGAUCCACAACCGGCAGUCCAGCGGGGUGUUGAGCUCUACGGAACCUUCUCCAAGGCAACAGUCUGA